UUGAUUACGGUUCAAGGAAAUCAAGUCACGUUACAAAUUGGGUCGAGAACGCAUUGUGUGACAAAACUAGACCACUAGUGUGAUGAAGAAAACUUACUUCUCUGUAAUAUUUGAUUUCGGUUCAAGUGACUUCCUCUCACCUCCCCCUUGACUGAAUUUUAUUUGGCUAACACCAUUCCUUUGUUUUAUGACACUUUAACUGCCACGAGUGAACGCAAAGCAACAGCGCUCGCUUCGAAACGUGGAUAUGCCAAAGGGCAAAGGGAAUACGCCUGCUGGCAACUGAGCACGUGUCUUGGCCAAUGAGAUAGGAAAAAAAGAGUGCAGGUUUGAAACUUCGAAGCUAGUGAAAUGUUCUUAAAACAAAUGUGACCGUCGUAACCAUGAGCUACGACAAGGAAGCCGCCGGGGAGGUCAACAAAGCUUUGACAACAAUUUCUGCAAGCUUCUCGUUAUUAGGAACUUUUUUGAUCAUUGCAACAUUUUUAGCAUGGAAGGACUUUAGAUCAAAUUCCAGGCGAAUAUUGGUGUACAUUUCCAUCGCUGAUUUCCUCAUAGCGGGAGGAAACUUACUCGGAGUAUGGCUGGUAGACGAGAAUAACAACGCGUGUAAGGCUCAGAGUUUUAUUUCAACAUGUGCUUCGCUUUGGUCGUUUUUUUGGACGGUUUUUCUUGGCAUAUAUAUGUACACUGCUGUGGCGAGACAACGGGGUAACAAAGCUGAUGAAAUGAUGAAAUUUUUCCACAUCAUUGGAUGGGGUCUCCCUCUGGUUAUUGUGAGUGUUGCGCUUGGACUUGGAAAGUUAGGCCAAGAUCAUGUAGAUAGUGCUGGCUGGUGCUGGAUUGACGGGCGUUUGAAGAAAGGAGAGAAAGAAAUAUGGAUGUUAUUCACAGGAAAAGCCUGGGAAAUAACUGCUUAUUUUCUUUGCUCAAUAUUUUACCUGAUGUUAAAGUGUCGAAUUCGCAAGGAGAUAUAUAAUGAGAAAGCGCAGUUUUCAUCUCCUCAGUCAAAGGAAGCUGCCAUAAAAGCCGAAAAAAGAUUGAUGCUAGUUCCAGUCACGUUCAUUUUAAUUCGCAUUUGGGGAACACUUCGCUUCAUCCUUUACACUUUCGCUGGUGUUCACAGUUUGAAUACAACUUACGGAACAGUAUUUCUUUAUCUACAGGGAAUUGGUGACAGUAGCCAAGGCUUUGCAAACUUCUUGCUGUUUUGCUUCUUCACCGAAAAAUUCCAAAGUUGUCUAAAUUAUAGCGUUCAGAAACUUUCGCUGAAUUGCAAGAGAUCAUUCACCCCUUCAUCGAUGGUGGAACUCGAAAUAUCUAGCCAAAAAACACGUAGUAUCCAGUCAACAGAUGAGAGGUCAUAUCUACUGCCUAAACCAGACAUCGAAAGAGGUCCUUAAUUGUGUUUGCAUUACAUUUUGGUUCUCACGUUAUCACAUCAUCAGAACUUGGAGUGUAGGAAUUAAUGUACGAGGGGAAAAAAGGAAGAUAAACUAAACGUUUAAACUCAAACGAAGGCAAAGCGUUAGCUUUACGCACUUCUAAGAUACACUUUUGCCGGUACUCUUCCAAAAGUAUCGUUUUUCCACAUGUAGACUUACAUGUAGUUGUUUUUAGUAUCAACUACAAUUUGUGACAAACUGAAACUUGACUUUCCUCCAAAUAUUUUUCACUUUUCAGGCCCUGUAUCUUCUAACUCUUUACCUUUAAAACCCAGGCAGAUUAGCUGUAAGGUGUUAUUUAGGAAUUCUCUCGAUGAAUAUUAUUUAUUUUUGUAUAGCGUAGUUAUUGCAGGUUUGCGUUAGCAAAAGUCAUAUUUUCUUUCAUUUUCAUUUUUAAUUAUAUAUGUGUUUUUAUCAUUUAAAUAGGAUCCCCUUGAUAACAGUACCUAUGUACUGAGGGUCUAUCCUGUAUAAAUAUUCAUUACUAUAUAAUUAUUAUUAUUAUUGUUAAGUUCAAACAAAAUAUUACUUUGUUCGUGGCAAUGUGUGUUUCAUGUACCAGUUGGUCGCAAUGUUCUCCAAGAAAUUAUUUUGUCUUGUCCAAGUUAAAUUUGAAUGAAACUCUUAGGUAAAUACAAAUGUAUAUUUAAGUAAGGAGAAUAUAUUUAUGGUUCCGUAUUUCUUAGCAUAAGUCAUUCAAAUCAUGAUCCAUAUUGAAGGAAUUUACUAGAGAUAUCAGAGGUACAAGUAAAAUUUGAAUUUUUUUCCCCCUUAAUUCUGGGUCAAGUGAAAACAAUAAUUGUUAUGAAGAGGUAAAAAUUUGGAUGGAAAUAAUUCCCACUAUAUAAGAGAAGACAAAGACAAAGAAAGAAUAACAAAGUGUAGAAAUCUCAAAAUAUAGUUUCACUGAUAUCACCUGUGACAGCAUUUUGGUUUUUAAGGUACAUUUCAAUAAAAUUUUGGUGCUCAUGAAAAACAUAUAUAUAUUUUGCUCACUUUAAGAGAACAUCUGUAUCAGGCUGACUGGUUAAAAUCUACUUUGUAGUAAAGUUUGAACAGUCAGAAACUAGUGCAAAAGGCUAUUUAAGUAUAAAGUUAGUUUUGAGCUUCAUAUAAACAAACUAAGUACAUUAAUUUAAUUAGCUACACAACCAUUAUCAGAAAUUGUUAUAAAAAUGAAAAUCCUAGUUACACAAUCAAGGAAUUCCAUUGUAAUCUUACUGGUUUCUAACAAUCAAAAUUCUAACAAGUAAUGGUAAUAGGAUUGAGUGAAGUCCAAUUCAGUCUGUUACUGUAAUAAUCAUUAACAAAAUUAGACAAAAUCCCAGCAGGAGUGUGAUUUGUUAAUUAGAAGUAUGAUUACAGACA